AUGAACAUCAGUGACAUAGAUAAACGUUGCGAUCUUCUCACGUAUCCACUCCUCUUUCCAACCGGUAGAGGUGGACGGGAUCCGAACUUAGUUGAUAAUGACGGAGCUCGAAUCACUCAAAUGAAGUAUUACUCCCACCUGUUCUCCGUUCGUCAGUCUUUCAAUCCAAUUCUGCAUGCUGGUAAACUCUUUCAACAGUUUGCUGUUGACGCUUACGUCAAGAUAGAGCAGAACAGACUAAAUUACAAAAGGACGGAUCAGAUCAAUCUUCGUUCUAAUUCCUAUAGAGGGUUACAUGAUUAUUUGGCCGGUGAAGAUAGCCAUGGACCACCAGGAAGCAGUUAUCUUGGCGUCUUCACACAUUGA